AUGUUUUUACCACCAGUUCAACAUGGAGCAACGGUACUUAAUCGUGAAAUAUUCCGACGUACAGUUGAAGUUAUUGGAGUACGAGUACCUACAAACUCAGUAGCAAAGUUCUUAAAAGUGUUAAACAAAGAUUUGUUCAAUCAACCAAAACUGAAAAAUGUUGUGAACGAUCCCGAAUCAUCGAAUACAAAAAUUGUCUUGUUGAAUCCUAAGGUUGAAAGUCUAGAACUAGACAAUAUAUCUAGCGAGACUAAAAAUUUCAUAAAUAAUGAAGGACUUGGUAUCAUACGGCAUUCAGUUGAAUUGAAUUAUGAUUAUUGGGGAGCUGACGAUAUAAUUAAAGCAAUAUUACCAAGUGGUGUUGAAUCACCAACAUCGUUUACGCAGAAAAAUCCAAAGAUCACAACCGUUGUCAAUAAGACAGACACGAUAGACACGACCUAUCGAUUUUUCAAGAUGGAAGUUUUGGCAGGAGAAAAUAAUAUGAUUGCAGAAGUGAAAGAAAGUAAUUGUAGAUUUCGCUUUGAUUUCUCACAAGUGUAUUGGAAUUCGCGAUUACAUACUGAACAUAGCCGUUUAUUGUCAUUGUUUAAAAAGGGUGAUUAUAUAUGUGAUGUGUUCGCUGGUGUUGGCCCAUUUGCAAUUCCAGCCGCUAAAAAAGGGUGCAUUGUGUAUGCAAAUGAUUUAAAUCCUGCAUCAUAUCGUUAUCUUGUGGAAAACAUUAAAUUAAACAAAGUACACGAUAAAGUUUAUCCAUAUAAUUUGGAUGGAAAAUUAUUCAUAAGCAAGGCCGUGCUGGAUCUACAAAAAGCAUAUGAUGACAAUGCAGAAUCAUUUAAAACAUCAAAAGUAAAAAGUAAUUCGACAUUACAAAAACAGAUAUCUUGUAAUUUCAAUCAUUUUGUCAUGAAUCUACCGGCAACAGCUAUAGAAUUUUUGGAUGCGUUUAAAGGCCUCUGGAAAGAUAAGGAGGCAUUGUUCAAAUCUUUAAAUUUAGAGCUACCAAUGAUCCAUUGCUAUUGCUUCUCUAAGAGUGAUACUCCCGAGCGCGAGACUGUUGAGCGGAUCAAUGCAGUUUUAGGUCAUCCUUUACAAGAAGAUACAUAUAAAAUUUAUUUUGUUAGAAAAGUGGCUCCUAAUAAAGACAUGUUUUGUGUCAGCUUCCGACUGAGCCACGCUGUUGCUUUUAUUCAUGGAAGUGAAAAACGUAAACAAGACGUUAUAAAUGAUGCACCUCAUGUAAAUGAUAGUGUAUCUGUUGAAGAUGACGAUAUUACUAAACACGUUAAAAGAUACAAAUUAGAAGAUCAAUAA